AUGUCGAGCCCUCCAGACAACGUGCAACCCCGCGAACAGUGUCGCCUCGCAGAAAUCCUGCAGUACAAAUGCGUUGCCGAAGACGUCGACAAGGGUCAGCUGAAGGUGCAUUGUUUGCCUAUUCCCCGCAUCUUUAGGAUUUGUCCGAACAGGCCAGCGGUAGAGAUGACAAGGUUCGUCGACGUGGACCUAGAAUCGGGGGCCGUCCAUAUACCCGCACCGUCAAGUCAAGUGCUUCCCAAGGCUAAGCCGUGGCGGGACGUGGUGCGAUACGACAACCCGUUUGACAACGGUCGUCCCGAGGGGUAA